AUGGCGAGCACAAGCAGCUUCGUGUUGGCUGCCGUCGUAAUGUUGAAUUCGGUUGCAUGGGGCUUGGAAGACGCAUCGAAGUGCCAAUUACCAAAGAAUGCGUCUAUAUUCGGUUUCGAGGUUCUGCCCGGGGACGGAUGGGAUAACCUUAAAAACGAAAUCCGCGGUCGGGUUAUCCUCCGCAAUUACAGCUUAUGUCAAAUGACAGAAGAUGGCCAGUAUCUGAUACCAAACGGAGUAUUCGCUAUUCCCGUCAAGUCCAGUCAAGUCGAACUCUACUCCCAGCUGAUUAACAACUGGAUGAAUUAUUCUUCUGACACGGCUGCCAGCAUUAACUUAGACGGCUCCAUUUCCAUUGAUGACCUUCCAAUAAACGGGAAAUUUUCGUUAGAUUUCCAGGGGGUCAAGGGUCACCAAGUGAACGAUGAUUCUGUGACAAUGAAAGUAAAAGCAAGGUAUGUGCAAUAUUCAGCAAAAUUGCAGCCUAUAAUGUCUCUGGAUCCGUCAUUCAUGGCUCGCGUCUCCAGCAUUGCACAACAUAUACAGUUCAAUAGAACUGCCUCUGCCAAAUAUGAGAGCCAGCUCCUUGUGAGGGAUUUUGGAACGCACGUUGUCACCAGCAUAGACGCGGGUGCUGCGAUAGUUAAACUUGACCACAUUAAUAGAAGUUUACUAAAGGAUUCUUCCAUCAAUCGGUACCAGUUAUCUUUAGUUGCCAGCUCCGAUCUUUUCCAUGCUGGUGGAACUGGGACGGUUGAUAGUACAACGAUGCAAAAAUACUACAGCGCUCUCACGCAUUCCUCCGUUAACACGUAUGGUGGACCUAUCUACAAACCGGCCAAUUUCAGCAUCAACGACUGGGUGGAUGGAAUCCAAGACAACCUCGUUGCAGUUGACCGGUCUGGAGAUCCACUUUCCUUUUUUAUUCAGCCCAAACUCUUCCCAAACAUCCCUGUGUCAACUGUUUAUAAACUAGCUGCUCAGAUUGACCAAGCAAUCAAGGCUUAUUACAAGUACAACACUCACAAAGGCUGCACGGACCGUGACUCGCCCAAUUUUAAUUACUAUGCCAAUGUAGACGAUGGCUCUUGUUCUCACAACAUUACCGGGAUGGUUUUUGGUGGCAUGUUUCAGCAUUGCAACGAGUCAGGUGAAAUCCCUAACGUAUGUCAAAACUUAGAAAAGAACCCCUUAACAGGGGAUUUUUCUUGUCCUGAAGGAUUUGAUAUUACUCCUCUUUUCACUGACCAUGAAAGUUUUACUCAAACAAGAAAGGUGUGUUCGAAAUAUAUGGUUUUCUGGUCGAAAUGCCACGAAGAAAUGUUCUAUGGUUCGGCUACAUUUACAUCUUACUGGUGUGCAGCAAAAGGACAGUUUGCAGUUCCAACUGGAUUCCUAUUUGGAGGCAUCUUUUCAGAUGCCAUCUCUAAUUCAGUUACACAGCAGAAAAAUUGUCCACCGUACUUCUACCCAAUCAAGACAGCAAAAGACUUAAGCGUCUGUGUGACAAAUGAUUUUGAGAACGGAGAGAAAUAUUCUAUGCCUUUCGCUGGUUUUUACAGUUGUCAGAACGGAAAUCCAGUCACAAAUGGACUGGAUACGACUCUUAACACCUUUAAAUCUUGUCCUCCUGGAUACAGCCAGCAUCUAGCUACAACGGAGAACGAGUGUGACUUGAUGUACUGUACCAGGCCACUUACCACCCCUGCUAGUCCCUAUGUUUCGGUCCACAGACCCCCAUUCAUGAGACCACCUCUGGAAACAAACCAAACUUCCGAUUUCCUGGUGAGCGAUGACGGACAAGAAUGGACUCAGCUCUACUCCGUGGACGCAACGUUUAACGGAUUUAACGGGACAGUCGCUGGGUGGAUUGUCAACGACGGCACAAACCUAAACAUGGAAUCGCUGCUCGCGUCUCAACACGCUAGCUCCCAAAACACAGACGAUAAAACUGCAUCCUCAGACAACGGAAACUUCUUUGGCAAAGAUGACCCUAUGGCAACCGGAAAGACCGUUGAUUUUCAUGGUGUUUCUGCAAGUCACGUCUCGUUUAUCGUCGGUUCCUCUGUCGCUGCCACGCUUUUCUGCGUUUUAUUCACCACGAUUUUGUUGGUGAUUUUCCUGCGCAGCAAGCGCGGAAACCGCUACCAACGACUGGAAGAAGGCGUCCAGCGUCCAAAUAAACAUUAA